CAACAGAGCCCGCCGGUGCGCGGCAUGGGCUGCGGACCCUCGCAGCCUGCCGGAGGCCAGGAACUCGUCCCCACGCGCAAAAGAGGCUGGGAAGAAGGAGUCAAGGCUGAUGUCAGUGAGACCAGUUCCAGGGAGAGCUGCAGCCCCCAGAUAGAAGCUGCAUUGCCCAGGGACACGGUGAGUCAUGCAGAAGACCAAGAGCCACAAGACCAGGUGGGAAACUUACCUGGGACCCUUCCAGAAAGCUCUCCAUCUCCUAAUGAAAGAAACAGAAGAAGAAAUUCAGAUCUGGCGAUCAAUGGACUAGCCAAUAAGCCCCAAGCCCUAGAGAAUGGAGAGCGACCAAAGUCAUCAGACAUCCUGGAGGAACUAAUUGUGCAAGGAAUAAUACAGAGCCGCAACAAAGUAUUUAGAAAUGGCGAAUCAUAUGAUGUCAUGGUCGACACAGCCGAGAAACCACUGAGAAAACCACCAGCCAGACUUAAAAAGCUCAAGAUAAAAAAGGCCCUGAAUGACCUCACAAUGCAGGACAUCCACGAGAAAAUGCAGGCAGCAGAGGCACGGCGCAAGACUAAAGAAGAACAAAUAAGAAAAAGACUACGGAGUGAGCGCCUUUGGUCCCCAGCCUGCCGCACAGGCUUUGCCCAAGUGGGCGGGGUCGAGGUUCCAUUUGCCAAAGCACAUCACAUCAGUUCAGCCUCCCUCGAAGACCCGGAUCCUGUGCUGCAGAGAGGAAAGCCCGUGAAGACGAAGCAAAAUCAAAGUGAGACACCCUGUCCCGACAGUAACUCCAAUUACGCAAGUUUUGGCAUCGUGGAGUCGGACCUGUCCUACAACCAAGAGGAGGACAUUUUCUAAGAAGUAGCUUUUGUGGGAUGGCUUAGUGUCUUCCGGUGUCCUUUUAGCACCAGAUGUCACUCCACUGGGGUUUCUGCCUUGACCUUAGGGACGGUGGUGGGAGCUAAAUGGCCAUGAAUGUAGAGGAAAGAGGAGGAAGGCGGGCCCCUCCUUCUGGUAUAACUCAGAACACACUGAGGAUGCCUGACCCUCAUGAACUUAUAUAGUUAUGUUGGUGCCAAAGGA